AUGAUGAGCGAGAACGUCUCGGUCGAAUCGGGAGAUUCUUCUGCUGCACAGGCGUCUCUUGCUACCGAUACGUCUCCUGAGGUACAAGAGCAUUCCACUCCAGUGGCAUCAUCUGUCCAACAGGUGGCUUCUGCUGCUCAGGCAUCUUCGGCAGAUCACAAACCUUGUGCGUCUGAAGAAGUACAAGUGCCUCUGGUAACAGAAGUGCCUGUAACAGCUGAGGUUGGUCAAUCAGAGGGAAAUGGUCAUGCCUUAGAGACGCCUUCAUCUAUGAAGGUCUCAUCUAAAGCACAGACAUCCUUAGUAAUUGAGGCAUCUUUUGAUAAAGAACCAAUUGCAGCAGAGGCAGUGUCCUCUGCAAAGUCCAAUACUGCUCUGAAGGCUCCUCUUACAGCUCAAGCCCCCCACGUGACAGAAAUACCAUCCGGUGUACCGGCACUUUCCGCAGGACAGGUGAUUACAGUAGCAAAAGCGUCUUCUGCGGCUAAAGCAGCGUCGACACAAGCUUCGAAUGUAAAUGCAAAGGCAGCAACAGAGACGAUGAAGGUUGAUACAGCGCUUGCCGAGGAGACAGCCCUAAAAUCCACGGUCAAACACAAGAUGAGUAAUAAUAAGAUUGCAGCUCCCCGCAAACGCCGAACACCAAGUCCCACAAAAUCUAAAGAGGCAGAGGAAGACGAGACUGAGUCAGAGCCUGAGAAGCAGCCCAAGAAGCGCGCAAAGAUAGUAAAAGGCACAAAGAAAAGAUCUCAAACGCCUGGCCGCAGAAAAAAGAUGACAGCCGAUCCCCAAGACAACGCAGAUGAGAAGCAAAGCACGGUGGAGAAAAAGGUGGAAGCGUUGAGUGAUGAAAUUAAGGGCAGAUUUGGCCAGAUUGUCUGGGCGAAAAUGGGAGGGUAUCCGUUUUGGCCUUGUAUCAUCACGGACCCACGUUUGCUGCCGAAGAAGCUUCAGGAAACGGCUUUGAAGACGCUUGGCACCAAGUAUCUUGUUUUUUUCUACGUAUCUAAUAACUUUGCUCCCAUUUCAUUCAAAAAGAUUGUACCGUGGGAUGACACAAAGUUUGGAUAUCGUGAAGGCUAUCCGGAAAAAGACUCGAAGGCCCCCAAGCGACGAGUAAAGCUUAUGACGGCAAUUGAAAUUGCAGACAAAGAAGCUAAGUUACCAAUUGAAGAGAGAGCAAAUGGUAUUUUGAAGCCUGUUAAUAGAAUAACGGAUGUGGAAUUCUUGCCUGAUAAGAUACCUCUAUCUGUGAAGCGAAAACCUGGUAGACCUCCGAAAGCUAAGCCGGCGCUUAAGACAACGCCGAAAAAAACGCCAGCCAAGCGUUCAUCUAAAGAAGAGGCCGAAGAUAUUGCUAAACUAAGUGGGAAAAAGGAUGACGCGUCUGCUGUCACACAAGAAGAGGGAGAAGACGCAGAUGUCGUGGUACCCACGCUGAGCAAAGAGGAGAUCAAAGCAAAAGUAGCAAGCCGCAAGGCGCCGAAAAAGAAAGAAGCAGAUGACAUUGCUCACGUUCCGACCGCUAAGAAGGUUCCUAAAGUCUCGACAAAGCAAAGCAAAGCAAGCAAUUCAGUUGAAAUCGACAGCAAGCGAAAAAAAGAGAUUGAGCUUGUGGUGCCCCAGAAGUCGGUAAAAUCAGCUGAUAUUCGCGAAAUGACCGAAGAAGCAGCCAAGAAGAAGCGUGAUAAUGGACCAAAACGAAAAUCAAAGAAGGACAAGGGGAAUUACAAUGUUGGCGAUCUUGCUGCAUUUGCGAACAAGAUGGUACGGCUACACGCAAACGAAUCGUCGCGAAAUAACGACGAGCUUGUCGGCAUGAUGCAGGAGCUGUUCAGUGAAGAACUCAUGUAUCGUUCGGACGUGGAACGAUCAGGUCUGGCUGCAAUCAUUGCGCUUCUGCGCAAAAGUUUGAGUCCUACAGUCGGCCACACGGCAAGCGCGCUUCGAAAGCACAUGAUUAACAUUCUGAACAACGACACAGAUAUAAUUCGUUUGGGCAAAAAAGGAACUCAGGAUACCGCGGCACACGCAAAUAAGAAGCGGAAGACAGAUAAGGGAAGCUUGGUGCUGCAGGAAGAGACGUUGAAGGUUGUUCCAUCGAAUGAGCUCAAGGAAGAAUGUGCUGCAAAGUUAAGUGCCCCCUCAAAUCCAAAGAUCGUUUCAUCUAUGAAAAACACAGAAGCUCUGAAAGAUGCAGAAGUUAAAAUAACAAAGGAGAAGGUGCUUAAUCAUUUAGUCAAGAAAGAGGAAGCAGAAGUAGCUCCAGUGAAGGAGCCAUUAGAGGCAGCUCUUGCGAAGGAUGGAGCAGUGAUCGGUGAGGAACUGGCUGAAAAGUUGAAAGAAACAACGGAGAAGCGAUCAGCGUCGCCUGUCAAGACUGAAGUGGCUGCAGUAGGCGCGGUGAACGACCAAGUAGACUUGUUUUAUACGUCAGAACACAUGGAGAAGAAUCGGACAAUCUUUGUGGACAUGCUGAGCAAGAUUCUUGACCAAAACGGAUCAAGACGUACUGAUCUUGCUUCCGAAAUUGAGGCCGCUUUGUAUGAGCGCUUCAAAGAGAGCAAUGGCGAUUACUUGACUCAAGCGCGAAUUAUCAUAUUUGGUCUGAAGGAGAAUAUUUCCAUGCGAAAAAGGCUCUUCUCUGGUGCUUUGCACUGCUUGGAGUUUGCGUACGCUGACGAUGCGUUUUUUAAAGCGUCUGAGUGA